CUUUUUCAGUCAGAGACGAAUUGUCUCUGUCUCAGUCUUCUUGAACUUCUAGUGAUACUUAUAUGGUGGAAGGAAAAGACGCUGCUUUGCAGCAGUCUGGUCGUAUUCACUAGAAAUAACGAAUAGUUUAAUUUAUUCACACAUUUGAUACUCAAUUUUUCGAUUUAAUAAUACUUCACAAUGGCUCGAGGUCAGCAGAAGCUUCAGUCACAGCAGAAAGCCGCUGAAAAAGCUGCAAAGGCCAAAAAACAACAGGGUCACAACGCCAAUGAACAGAAAAAAGCAGCUCAAAAGGCAUUAGUACAUGUCUGUGUUGUUUGCAAGGCCCAAAUGCCUGACCCAAAAACCUACAAACAGCAUUUCGAGAACAAACAUCCAAAGAAUGAAGUGCCUCCAGAGCUCAAAGACCUAUGAUCAUCCCACCCUAACCACUCAAUGUGUCUCAGAUGGUUGGAUAUUUGUAAUGUUAUUUCUCGUUGUGUUUAUUAAUUUCAUUGUUUAUACUGAAAACUGAUGUACACCUCCCAUUGUUUAGUUUAGUGAUGUAUAUCAAUGAUUGAUCUUUAAAUGAAAAGAUUGCUCAUUUUAUGUGGAAAUAAAUGGCAAUUACUUUUAUCAUCUGAUUAUAACUACAUUUUAAUAAAGAAGAUGAAAUAAUC